AUGUCAUUCUCGACAUUGGCUGCGGUGCAGGGCCCGGAGAUAUGCCAGGUGCUGUCACAAGGCAAGGGCAGCCUGCACGGCAUCGACAGCUCGCCCGCCAUGAUCAAAGCGGCGCAGAAGGCUCAUGAGGAGGCCGGCAUCAAGUGCGCGACCUUUGAGGUCGUCGACGCCCUCGACCUCCCCAACAAGCCCGAGCUGCAGAAGCAGCAAUUCACCAAAGUCUUCUCCAACGCCGCCAUGCACUGGAUCCUGCGGCCGGCCGGCCGCCGCGCCGACCUCUUCCGCGGCGUGCGCGACGCCCUCGCCCCCGGCGGCGUCUUCGUCUUCGAGAUGGGCGGCCUGGGCAACGUGUCCGAGAUCCGCGCGGCGCUGCUGUCCGCCGUGGGCCGGCGCCUCGGCGUCCGCAGGACCGAGGACGAGGUCAGCCCGUGGUUCUUCCCGGACGAGGAGUGGGCGCGCGCGACCAUGGAGGACGAGGUCGGCGGCCUCAAGGUCGAGCGCAUCGAGCGCGAGUGGCGGCCCACGACGGCCGACGCCGGCGGCGUCGAGGGCUGGGUGCGCCUGAUGGCCGCGCAGUUCUUCGAGGCGCUGCCCGAGGAGGAGCGCGAGCCGUGCAUCAGGGAGGUGCUCGACGUGCUGGAGAUUGUCUGCGCCAAGCCCGGCGGUGGCUACAUGUUCAGCUAUGUACGCCUCAGAGCUAUUGUGCGGAAGAUCUGA